CUCCCCUCUCUCUUCCUCUCGUCAGCCAAGAGCAGCCUCGCUUGCCCCCACGCACAGAGACUAUGAGGAGCUCUCAGUGACUGCACACUCACUCACACACACACACACACACACACACACACUCACACACACUCACACUCUCUCAAACACGCUGGGAUACGGACAGACCCUGAUACUGGAGCUACUGCUGCUACUCUCUGUUGCCCAGUCUCACAGCUGACCUGAGGAGGACAGCGCUUUAAAUCCACAGCUUCUGCAAGCAACGCCGCCCACAAGGUCUCCGUCUCGUCCAACAUGACCAGGAAAGUGUUUACCAACACGCGGGAGCGUUGGCGCCAGCACAACGUCAACACAGCCUUUGCCGAGCUGCGCAAGCUUAUUCCCACACAUCCGCCCGAGAAGAAGCUGAGCAAGAACGAGAUCCUGCGCCUGGCCAUGCGCUACAUCAACUUCCUGGUGCAGCUGCUGGAUGUCCAGGGCGGAGGAGGUGGAGGCGGCGCAGGAGGAGGUGGUGGUGGUGGCAUCCAGACCACGGGCCAGUCCCCGGCCGCACUGCUCAGCUUCCUGCGGGGAAACAUGGAGAGCCUGCAGGCCGCUCGACCCUGGACCCUGACCAGUGACACGGACGCCCCCUCGCCCAGCUCCAGCUGUGACAGCUCCGAGGCUUGGUAGGCCUCUCUGGAGAGAGAGAGAGAGAGAGAGAGAGAGAGAGACACAGAGACA